AUGGCCGAGCGGUCUAAGGCGCCAGACUCAAGCGUGCAAUUCGCUUGCCUCGUGAGUUCGAGGUACACUGGGUGUUCUGGUACUCGUAUGGGUGCGUGGGUUCGAAUCCCACUUCCUGCAGAAAACUUUUUGACUUUUUUUUUUCUUAUUUUUGGCUCUCGAUUGUAUUGAAAAUGCAUUCAUAAAUAAUAAACUUUUUUACAGAAAAGGGUCAAAACGAAACACAAAACAUUUGGAACCAAUUUGAUGGUGAGUUUUUUUUUGGGCCUAUGACAUCUGGAAUACAUUACAUUUGGUUCCAGUUGAGUGAAAGUGUAAGAAGAACGUUUAAAAAUUAAUUAUUCAUGAAAUAAUUGCCUAGCAACUAGAUGUUGAAAAAGGUGGGAUUUUUUAUGAGAAUUUCUUGGAUGGCUGACUGGGAUUUUUGAAUUUCUAAUGAGUGCAUUGAAUAUUUAAACAUCAGGAUGUGAAAAAGAGAGAAUGAAGGGGUCUUUUGAAGUUUUCGGAAUAAAAAAUCAGAGCUAGAGUUUUAGAAUGUGAAGUUUUAUUGAAUUGAUUGAAAAUGUGUGUUCUACUUUUUUUCUCAAGUUCUAGAUAAGUCUUAAAUUUCCAAAGAACAAGCUACUCGCAAUUUUCAAUCAUAACUUCCAAUGUAAUCUGAAUCUUUAAAAAUAUCAAUUUUUCGAUAUUUUUUCAUCAAAAGUUAGAAAAAAAUAUUUAUUUGAUGAAAAAUUGUUUUAAAAAAAUUUAGAAAAAAAUUUAGAGAAAACCAACUUGGUUGGCCCUGAGAAUAAGAAAUCUUCCGAAUUUGAAAUCAAGAUUUUUUCAUUCGCAUCCAAACACACAAAACCUAUAUCCACCCCUUUUCAUGCUUCUCCAAAAUUUUUCAAAACAAAAUUUCAUAUGUUAUUAUCCAUUUGGCCCGUCAUUUAAGUUGGUGCUCUACUCAUUUUCGUUCAUUUCAUUCUUCUUCUUUUCAUUUUCCUUCUUCUCGUUUCUUCAUCAUCUCAAAUGACAUGUCCAUCCAUCGUUUUUCUAUCCUUCUAUCCAUCUACUACUACUCCACUACUACAUCUUUUCUUCAUCGAUUCUCUUUCUCUAUUUCUCUCAAUUCUCCUUCAGAUAUUUAUUUAUAAACAUAAAAAGAUACCUAUUUUUUUCUGACUGAAUACAGAUCUAUCUUAUCCUUUAGUUAGUCUUUUUAGUUAGUUUACAUAUUCUUUCUCUUCUGUUAGUUUUUUUUUUCGGUCCAUCAUCCUUUUUCUUCCAGUUUUUUUCUGGCUCUUUUUUUUGCCUCUUUUUUUUCUUCUCGAAAAAAGAUUCUAUGCAUUUUCAUAUGGUGUUGGAUUUCUUUUUCUGCUUUUUUCUUUUUUUCUCUCGGUUUUUUUGGCUGUUACGUAUUUCCAGCGACUAAUUAUUGAUAUUUCCUGUUUGUUUUUUUUGUGCCUCGAAAAGGAUUAAUUUUUGAACUUUUUUUUGGAGCAAAAACGGUAAUCUUCAGAAUUUUUUUUUUCCAUACGUGAUAUCCCAAAUUGUACAAAAACACAAUUUUAUUGACCCAUAAUAUUUUUGACUACUCAUAUAUUUUGAAUAGGCCCUUAAUUUAUUUUAUUCAUUCAUUGUCAAGUGGUAGAUUAUUUCAUAUUUAUGCACAUAUUUUCUCGUAUUUUUAAUUUCGGGUCCGUUAUGCUCAAAUAUUUAUUCAUAAUAAAACAAAUUUUUGAAUAAACUAGAAAAUCUGGCACAAAUUUGUGUAAGAAGAAAAUUGGGCUGAAAUUGAGCUUUUUUCGGAAAAAAAUUGAGGAUCAUAUUUCAGUUUUAAUGCUGAUUUUCAAAUAAAUUGAAAAACCUUUUUAGGAGCUUCAGAUUUUCAAAUUUCUAUUUUAUAUGAAAAAAAAGCUCCUGGAUUUUUUUUUCAAAAUUUUGAUUUCGAUAAAUUUAAUUUAUGUUUCAAAAAUUGUGUUUGUUUAACUUACACUAGGUUACACGCUAAAAAAUAGGGUCAGAAAAAUGUGAAAAUUUUGUCUGGUCAUUCCGAAUAUUAUAAAUUUUGAAAUUAGCAUUCUUCAAAUUAAUUCAAUUUUUUUCAAGUAUCAGGUUAUUUUUCCAGUAUAUAACUUUCACUUGCACAUUUACAAUUUGUUAAAAAUUCCGAAACUUAUAUUCGUUGAUCCUUUUAGCCACCUCUUUUCCAUUUUCGGUAAUUAAUUCCCAAAAAGCCAACUCAUUUUCAUCUUCAAAAUGAGAAGAAGCACAAAAAUUCGAGUGGUCUCUUGAGUACUCUUCUCACAUGGCAACCGAAAGGAUUUUCUUUUUUUUUUCGGCUAUUCAAAAUGAAAAUAAAUCUUUUGAUGUUAUUAAUGGGUAGGAUUUCGUUUGAAUUUGACCUUUUGUUAUGUUUUUCGAAAAAGCUGAUUUUCUGUAUUUUUCCCCCAUGAAAAUAAAUUCUCAUCGAAAAAAAACAUGUUGUUUUUCUGUUUUUUCUUCAAUUUUCUUUCUUUCAUCGUAUUUUUUUCUUGAAAUAAGUAUAGCGCCCCUCUUUUCAGUCUAUAAUAGGUCUGUGCGGGUUUUUUGAGACAUAAAUAAAGCAAGCAGAAAAAAAAUGAAACUGCCGCACAAGCUGUUUAUGCUCUUCUUAUUCUUUGAGAAAAGAAGAAGUAUAGCAGAAGAAGAAGAAGAAGCUGUGGCUUUUUUCGGGAAACAUUUUGUGUCCCAACACAAUGCAAACUUGCUCUCACAUAUUUUAUAUAUAAACAUUUUCCAAUCUUGUUUUUUCCUCUUUUCUGGAAUAAUUCAUUGGUGAUUGUUUUGUUGUAGAUUUCGUGAUUGAAAAUGAAAAAAAAACUGUGGAAAUUCUCAUUUUAAAUACUGACAAAAAAUAUUUCAAAGGGAAUAAUUGUUUUUCAAAAUUUCAAACAAAACUACCUGAUAAGUUUUAUUUUUUUUACAAAAAUAAAUUUCAGAAGUUUGAAAAAAUUUCACAAUUUCAAAGAUCUGAACACAAAAAAGUAGAAUUUUUCAAUUUUUUCGUCUAAAGAAAAAUUAUAUUAAAAUAUCCUGUGUAAUUGUCUUUAUUUAAAACAUUUUCAAAUGAAAACAUUUCGUUGCAGAAAAAAACAGCAAAUCUGAAAUUUCUACAUUUCUCAAAGCUCUCUUUUUCCAAUGAUCAGAUUUCAAACAACAAAGCUUCAAAACUAGAAAAUAGUUUUUCCCCUAUUUCCUCAAAACCCUCACAUAUUUCAGUGUUUUUCCCCUUUCCAAAUCUAAUAGUUCCAUCUUCUUUUCUCUCUAUAUUUUUUCUAAUGUUUUUUAUCUGAAACUACUUCCAAUAAAUCAAACAAAAAUUGAUGUUCAAAAAAAACCCUUUUCCUUCUAAAAACCUCCCAUAUUGUUAACGAGCAUCUCAAAAAAGUUUUUAUUUCAUUUUUCUCUGCGGAAUGCGAAUGAGAAAAAUGGUUUAUUAGGCACCAUCCAGAUGUUUCUCAUUUUCUCACAUACACACACACCAUAGGAAAUGAAUUCUGAAGCACUCUGGUUUUUACUACUCAACUGCGGACCACUACCCCCUCCCCUUGUUGUUGUUGUUGUUAUUUUGAAGACGCCCCAAAAAAAUAAUUCCCUUCUUCUUUUUUUCUUCUGCUUUUUCUCUCUUCUGGUGGCCUCUCUUUCGCUCCUUUAGCGGACCAGCACAAAACACCGGAAAUAAAUUGUUGAAUGGUCGACAAAUUUUUCGUUCGUGUAGCGCUUCCGUAAAUACAUCAAUGAAAAAACACAAACACACGUUUUUUCAGAGAUACAAUAUUCCACCAAGCACUGGGUUGCGCGGAUUUUUAGCCACCUACCUGUUGGCAACGGCGUGGGUGGUCCAGGCUGCCACGCGCAAUGAUUAUCAUUAUAGAGAGGUUAGUUUUACUGGAAUUUGUGUUUAGAGAGAGUUUUUCGAAAUUGUUACCCUGGAAAGAGAAAAGUACUUAACUUUACAAGAUUUUUUGAAUCUCCCAAUAAAUCUUUAAGGAUUUUAUGGACUGAAUUUUCAGAAAUUUCACAAUUAAAAUAUUCAGUUUUUCCUAAUUUUUCAGGAAGCCAUUGAAAAUCGAUUAGUUUGCCUCGGAAAACUAACAGACUUCGCCGCUUGCCAAUGUGAUCCAUCAAAUGGCGAUUAUUCCUGUAUAAAUGCACAAUUUGUCGAUACAAAUGUUUUUCUAGAUAUUGCCACAAAUUAUGAGUAAGUUUUCCCAAAAAAUUUCACUCCCACUUCACAAUAAAAUGUUUUCAGCUACAUCAAAUCUGUCACAUUUCAUGGCAACAAUUUUCAAGAUCUUCCUCUUCUUCCAUUAUUUGGCUCAGGAGUUCAGAAAAAUUUGAUUAAGCUCAACCUUUCGGCAAAUUAUAUUGGUAGGUUUUUGUUUAUGGGUUGCGGUCGGCGGGGAACAUGCACAUUUCCUUAUUUCUUUACUACUACUAUUAUUUGUCCUUCAUUAGGCAUGUUUGUGAGCAAAGAAAAAUUGAGAGGGUGACUCAAUUCGAUAGGGGGAAAUGGGAUAUUUGAAACGUUUUUGGAAAUUUUAGACCAAAAAUUGGAUUGGGAAGAAAUUGAAAGUGCAGGUGAAAAACAAGCUAAAUUAAUUUGUAAACUAGAGAUCGGAAUUUCGAAUAAUUUAUUGGAAAAAUAAAAUAUAGGGAUAUCAGUUCUAACAAAUGCAAUUUUCGUGAACCCAUUUUUUUGGAAUUCAGAAGUUUCAUCGCGUGGCUCAGAUGUUCUGAAGUUUUUUGAUUUUUUGAGGCCAAUUCUAAUCCGCGUUCAAAAAUUUGAAUAUUAUUGCAAACUCCCCCAUGCCCACCACGUUCUAGAACAAAAUAUCUCCAAUCUUAAAACACGUCAAUUCCAUUUCCCUCAAUUAAUUCUUACAAAGUUUUACACUUUACACAUUCCCUCAUAAAAUUACAUCAGCAUUUUUCCACAUUUUUUAAUCUUCUCAUUUUUCCAGUAAAUCUAAACAGCAAUGCUCUUCGAAGUAUGCCAAAUCUGCAAAUCUUGGACAUUUCCAACAAUGAAAUUGUUUUCAAACCAUCCGAUGUCGAUUUUCUCACUCACACUCCACAAUUAACCGAGGUAAAACAACGGGACAAUGAUCAGGCACAUUUUUUUUCGAAAUGAAAAAAAAACAGGUUUUUUGAUCUGGUUUAGUGUUCGGAUAAGUAUGUAAAUUCAAUAAUCAAAACACAAUUUUUUUGUGAUAGAGAAUAUGGAAAUGAUAGUUUGAUUUUUGAACUCAUUUUUGUAUGCUUAAAGUUUUCUUUAUCAGUGUGUCAAUCAGACAAAAAUUGUCAAACUACAUAUUUUUAUUAAUAAUACAUUUGCUUUACAAAGAUAACAAUGUUUGAACGAUCAACAUCAUGAGUGAGCAAUUUAUUUCCUCGUGAAAAUAUCGCAAAGAUCAAAAUUACAAAAAAGGAAACCUAAGAAAUAAAUAAUCAAAUUUCCAGCUUUACAUGCGCCGUGCAUUCACUGUCACCGUGAAUCAAACAUAUCAAUUCGAAUUGAUGCUCGAAAUGUUCAGACUUGCAAAAUUGGAGCAUCUUAAGGUAGGCUAAUCCCUUUAUCUUGCUUGAGCAAAGUAACAUCACAGAUCAUAAUUUUUGUCACCUCAUUUUCCACUUUUUUCCAAAAAAAGUUUUUAUCAAAAUGCCCUAAACACCUUAACUUUAUUUUUUGAAUGAUCGCGUUUUUAUUCAACACACAUCAUUGUAGUUUAUGCAAUUUUAAUCCUUUCCGAUUUAUCAUGAGAAUUGGAACUGAACUCAAUUGAUUUUUGAACACAAUAAAAAUGGGCAAAAACCUAUAAUCCGCCUCCCACAACUUGAAAUAAUGAUGUCAUUUUUGUUUCACAUCUGGAUCAACAUAUAUUAACAGAUAGAUAAACUUUAGUUGUUUGUUGCGAAUACAGAGAGGAUUUAGAGAAAAAUGGUAGCGUUGGUUGUUUUAAUUAUUGUUAUUGUGCAACAAAGAGCCCAUGGUACCGAAAAAGAUUAACAUCUUCAAAGUUACGUAAUUGAUGAUUUUGCGGAUAGUUCUAGACAAAAACAGAUUGAAUUAAAGAUUGAAUAUUUUGAAAAUCUAUUGGUAGAUCAAAGAAUCAAUCGGAUUUUUUUUUGAAGCUGGUUUCAAAAAUUCAAAAAUUAAUUUUUAGGCAAAAGAAAACAUUAAAAAAAUCAAAAAUUUACCAUUUAGCCAAAUUUUUGAUUAAAAAAUUUUUAGUUUUUAAUUUUAAAAAAAUUACCGACAUUUCUAAAAAAUUAUAAUGAAAAUUUCCAGAUCCUCGACUUAUCUUAUAACUACAUUCACACUGCACCAUUUCAACUCGCUUGUCCAUUUCCAUCCCUUCAAACUCUCGACCUACGACAAAACUUUUUGAAAACAUUCGAAGUCAAUGAAACAUGUAUCAAAAAUAUUGGAACCAUCAAUUUGUCACGUAACAAAUUCAAUGUAUUAUCAACUGAUUUUUGUAAACUUGGUGACAAAAUGCUGGACAAUUCAUUGAUUUUGAAAAAUCAAUUUUAUUGUGAUUGUAAUAGUGAGAAAUAUUUAGCAUGGAUUCAGAAAUCUAACAAGGUAAGGUGUUUUUUUUUUCUAUUUUUAGUGAAAUCUAGUUUGGUAGAAAAGGUUUUCAAGUCUAAUAAUAGUAAGAAAAAUAAAAAUGACGUGAUGUUGUUUCAUAUGAUUUUCCCUCGUGUUUCAAAAAUUAUUCAAUUUUCUCUCGCCUUUUCCUCUCAAAAAUAAUAUUCAAAAGAUCAUCGAGAUCAUUCUGUACAAUUUUUAUUGAGCAAAACGAAUCGUUUAAAACCAACCGAUUCUGUGGCGGGCGGCGGGUAGAGAUUAAAAAUAAUGAUCGCCUAAAACUUGUAUGCAGUUUGGACAUGAUGUUUACACAUUUUUAUAUAUAUGAAAAACAAUCGAAAGUGAUUCCAUUUAUUUUUUUUUUCAUAGUAUAAUUUUUUGCAAAUUUGACAGUUCUUUUCUUCACCUUCACUAACAAAUAUUUUGAAUAUUAUCAGUACAGAUUAGAAAGUGUGAAUGCUCAUAAAUUCUGGAAUUUGUAUAUGAUAACGAAAAAAUUUGACAUCAUUAUUCACCAAAAAACUGUAAAAAAUCAUAAAAUUUGCAGAUUAGAGACAAGCAAAAUUUGACAUGUGAACGAGCGAGCCCAGCAUCGAUGGCAAAAAAAUCAAUAAUCGAAAUAUCACUCAAAAAUUUGACAUGUGAACCAUUAUCCUCAACGUCUUUAUCGUCUCAAAAAAUGCCAAAUCUUCUGAUAAAUUGUAUGAUUGCCUCAAUUAUUUUCCUCUUGCCAACAAUUCUGUUUUGA